UCUUGGGGUCUGGGGUUUUCACUGGCGAUUGUACUCUGUGCACAUGCCUUCUCAGGCAUCCAGGAACUGGUCAGAACAAGGAUAGGGUCCUUCUUAAGCCACUCGUUCCCUGAGGCCUGGGGUCUUGGCGUGGAGAUAUCUAGUGCCAGUGGUCUGGAACAGGCACUUGAUGGCCUGCCAGGUCAUUCCUUAAAUAUCGCCUAUUGUGCUGGGAGACUCCAAAGAUAUCAUUAUCUCUUUGUCCCUUACAAGGAGAACAUGUGUUUUUGCAUUACGAGGCAUGUGUUGAGUGGGGUGGGAAUACGGGGUCCUAGCAAGAAUAGAAGCCAGAAAAGAAGCAAAGGAAAAACACGGCUUUUUUCCCUGGGGUUCCUUCAGUUUCCCUGUCUCAGUCAGAGUCCAACUGGAAGCAACCUCCCAACCAGUACUAUGGAAAACGGCUAUGAUUGCUGCAGAGGCUUGUAGGAGAGCCUAGGACUAAAGUAAAGAAAGAGGGCUUCCCUGUGGGAUGCUGAUUCUAGUGAUUUGGAGGUCUCAUUGGGGAGGGAGGAACAAAGCCCGAGCUCCAAUCAACCUGGGUCCCCGUCCGGUACCUCUGAGUUCCAUCAUUCGAGCCGGAGUCGCCCGUCAAGUUUUACGUCACUGGGAUCAAACCAAUCACGUCUUUAAGUGCACCAAUCGGCGUAUGCUUACGGCGGAAACGAGGUCGCCCUAGCCAAUGACAGGGGCCGUACGGCGGAAGUGUAGAAAUGGUCUCUUGGGAAGAUGGCAGCCUCAGUCCGGCCACAAGUUGAUUGGCAGGUGCGGUGACCAGAGGCUCUAGACUCCAGGCCCUGUCCCCUGGGCUCUGCCUUCGGAUGUCCCACCGUACACAGCCUGCAUGCGCCGUGGGGCGCCCCAGGACCAGGAGCUGGUGGGCCCGGGGGCUCCUGCGCGGGGGUCCCGGGGCGCCCCUCCUACCUCGGGACUUGUCCCGGUCCUCGUCUUUCCCCCGGACCUAGUAUUCAGGGCGGACCAGCGGAGUGGACCCCGGCAGCUGCUGACCCUCUAUAACCCCACGGGAGCUGCGCUUCGCUUCCGAGUCCUGUGCACAGCACCUGCCAAAUAUACGGUGUUUGACGCAGAAGGAUAUGUGAAACCUCAAUCCUGCAUUGACAUUGUGAUUCGCCACGUGGCCCCCAUUCCCAGCCACUAUGACGUCCAGGACCGCUUCCGCAUUGAGCUGUCUGAGGAGGGAGCUGAGGGUCGAGUGGUGGGGCGCAAGGACAUCACCUCGAUUCUGAGGGCCCCAGCCUACCCUCUUGAGCUUCAGGGACAGCCUGACCCAACGCCCCACCCAGGGCCUCCUUCCUGGACAGCACCACCCACGGCCAGACACUUCCCGGAGAACCCCCAUCCACAACUGGCCACCAGCUCCUUCCUCCUCUUCUUGCUGACGGGCAUAGUCUCCGUGGCCUUCCUGCUGCUCCCGCUCCAGGACGAACUUGGCAGCCAGCUGCCCCAAAUCCUGCACGUCUCCCUGGGACAGAAGUUGGUGGCGGCCUACAUCUUGGGCCUCCUCACCAUGGUGUUCCUUCGGACCUGAGCUCCCUGCUCAACUUUUACCCACCUCCUGGGGCAGAGAUGUGGAUGUAUACAUGAGACAGCCACUGUGAUGCCCCUGCUUUGUUUCAACUCCUACUCCCUCUUCUUCCUGCCCAGCCUCUCUCCCCAACUACCCAGGGAUUUGUAUUCAUUUUCCUAAUUGAAUAAAAUAAAUUUUUGAAAUUAAACUAA